GUUAUUAUGGUUAGCUGAUUUAGAUGUUAGGAUAAGUAGACAUAACAAGGUAGAUUACUAGCAAUGUAAAAAGAUAUUUAAAAUUCUAAAUAUAAUGCAGUUGUAAGCCAGCGGGUACAAAAAUGAUAAAUGCAAUAAUGAAUUAGCAUUUGAUGUUAGCUGAUUGGUUAGAUUAGCGCUUUGUACAUAUAUGAAGAGAAGCACGUGUUUUUGCCUUUCCUACUACCCUCAGAACUUCUAAUUCAAGCCGUGUUUACUAAACACAAAAUUCUCUCAACGUAUGAAGUCUGACUCAACUAUUUUUAUAAGUUUAAGCAUUUUAGUUCUCCCACGGGCACAAGAGAAAGACUGUUACUAUGCUCGUCAGCUACAGUGCUACCGCAGAAGGGCGACAAUGGCAGGUGAAGUAAAAUGGUUAUGGAAGAGCACUUUGACGGAGAGCUACUUCGAGCCUCUAACAACGUGCUACCAACUUGGACUGUCCACCCAUGAACCUUUACUAGAGAAGCACGUUAUUCAAGCGCUGAGACACCUCUAUAGGAAGGUCCCCUCUCUGCGCGCGUGUUACGGGGACCGACAUGGCGAGAGGUGGAUGAAAGAGAUGGCAGAAGAGAUCAUCGACUUCGAAGUGAUCUCAGAUGCUACAAUAGAUAAUGAACUACACCACUCCAUGCACAACAUUAGCCUUAACAACGACAAGGGCCCUUUGUGGUGCGCCAGACUCUUGCCCGGAGUAGCAGAAUUCAACGUGUCAGAGUUUCCUAACGUCUGUACACUGUUUCUGGUUGUUAAUCACAGCAUAUCGGAUGGGACUUCCAACAUGAAGACUUGCGGUUUCUUUGUUCAGCUUCUUGAUGCUGUGAUCGCUGGAAAACCCAUUGAUGAUAAGGAACAGCUUGGAGUGUUCGUGUCGGAUGAAAAGACGCAGAAACUGAUACAGGAACAAUUAGACUUCCUGGAGGCUAACCCUGACCUGAUGCUGAAGACAAAGGAAGAAGUUCGCGCGUGCCAGAGUAUACGCUCUCUUGUGAAAUUGACUUAUAAAGGAGUGGGAGACGUCAUGGCAAAAACUCUAACGUUGACGAAAGAACUGGAUCCAGACGCCACAGCCUCCUUCAUCAAACGGUGUCGUGCUGAAGGUGUCACCGUCAACUCGGCCUUCGCAGCUCUUGCCAGCAUUACCACGGUGGAUAUCCUGGUUGAAGGGGGACUCGAGCAGGACACGUACACCAUCCGGGGCGACCAUCUUUUUAACGCUCGUAGGUACUGGGGAGGGGACACCUCUCAGUACCUGGGUUGUCAAGUCCUACCUUUAAAGGCUGUGCUUAUCGAAACGCCGCGCAGUGUUGGCGAGAACUUCUGGGAUUUUGCGAGACUGACUCACCAGAAGCUCUUGAAGAAAAUUAAGGGCGUCACAGCACUGCAAGAGGAAGCCAUAAAGGCCUUCGUGCCAAAGAACCCGGACUUCAACCCCCAAUGGGAAUUUGAAUUUGUUUUAACCAACAUGGGAGAUGUGACAGAAACAGUAACCGAAGGUGGCCAAAAUGUGGAUGUAAUUAACGUUAUUAGGUCUGUCUGCCUACAAACUGCUCCCAUUGCCUUUGAUAGUUUCAUUCACAGUUUCCGUGGGCGCUUUAUUCACACUCUUGUCUACAACUCUGCAUUCAUUAGCCCGAAAAUGGCAAAAUACUAUUGUGAGAAGAUUUUGAACUAUAUCCGAAAAUUUAUUUAGAAAUUAAAUGUUUGUAUAAUCUGCAUAUCAGAGGAAGUAUAUACCAGGGUAAAAGUCUUCAAAACUACUCGCAUUAAAACUGAAAUAAUUUACAAAUAUAAAAAAUAUAUCUAGAAACCUA